AUGGAGAAGAAGAUAGAAGAGGAUCAUCAUCAACAUCAACAACAAAAGGAGCAGCUCAACAGUACCAAGAACACAGACAAGAAGAUAGAUCAGCAAGAACAACAAAUCUCUCAAGCAUCAUCUUCAUCACCACACAUGGCGAAUCUUGUUACAUCAUCAGACUAUCAUCUUCAUCAGUUGGAGCUAGCUGGGAACAACAACAUCAAUCUCUCAAGCAUCUUUGAUACUCCAACAUCUUUACCUUUUCCUUAUUCUUAUUUCGAUGAUAAUUCCUCUAAUAAUCCCAACUCUUUUCUUGACUUGCUCCGACAAGACCAACAUCAAUUUGCUUCCUCCUCUAACUCAUCUUCUUUUUCAUUCGAUGCCUUCCCUCUCCAAAACAACAACAUGUUUUUUACUGAUUUACCCUUGCCUCAACCUGUAACAACAAGGGCUGAGUCAUCAGAAGUUGUCAACACUGCACCGACAUCUCCAAACUCAACCUCAGUCUCCUCUUCAUCCAACGAAGCUGCUGCAAAUGAUAAUAAUACUAAUAAGGAGGUUACUGUUAAAGAUCGAGAAGAAGGAGAUCAACAAGAGCACAAGGGUACUAAGCCACAGUUAAAGGCAAAGAAGAAGAAUCCAAAGAAGGCAAGAGAAGCUAGGUUUGCGUUUCUGACAAAGAGCGAUAUUGAUAAUCUUGACGACGGUUAUAGGUGGAGAAAGUACGGCCAGAAAGCUGUCAAAAACAGUCCUUAUCCCAGAAGCUAUUACCGUUGCACCACAGUAGGUUGUGGAGUGAAGAAGAGAGUGGAGAGAUCCUCCGAUGAUCCUUCUAUCGUCAUGACAACAUACGAAGGUCAACAUUCUCACCCUUUCCCCAUGACGCCACGUGGACACAUCGGAAUGCUCACGUCACCAAUCCUUGAUCAUGGUGCAACAACUGCGUCAUCCUCAUCAUUCUCUAUCCCUCAGCCACGCUACUUGCUACCUCAGCAUCAACAACAACCUUACAACAGCAUGUACAACACUUCUCUAAACAUCAUCAACAGAAGCUCCUCUGAUGGUACUUUCAUUAAUCCAGGGUCAUCAUCAUUCCCUGGAUUCGGUUAUGAUCAUAUGCCACAAGCUUCUACUUCUGUCAUUAGAGAUCAUGGAUUACUUCAAGAUAUUCUUCCUUCGCAGAUCAGAGAGGAUACUAUUAAGUCCCAAACCAAUGAAGAGGAUAAGAAAUGAACAACGUUUUCCCCCGCAAUUGUUUUUUUUUUGGCUGGAUCCGGUUGAUAGGUUUUAUGAGGAGUUUUUGGCCGGUUUAGAUAAACAAACCGAUAUAUCUAGCUUGUUUUCUAAUGUUUUUCUUCAUCAAUAUUUAGCAUCGUUUUUUUUUUCGGAAUCCCGAUUAAACAAAUAACCGAUGCUUGCUAGCAACAGAGGUUUGUAGCAUAUGUGAUAUAGAUGUAACUUUUUUUUGAAGAGUACCAUUUCAUUUGUAAUCAUGCUAUCAACUUGUAUGGCUCUCACUUCUAUUCAAAUUUUACACUUUAUUUUAUUUCUAUU